UUUAAGAGCUCAAGGUGUCAGACAUAUCAUAACGGACAUGAAGUUCUUCAUUUUGGCUACCUGCCUGCUGGCCCUCGCAGCUGGAGAUGUAUCGCAUUUGCCGCUGGAACUCCUGGAGGAGCAUCAUGAGCAUGGCUAUGGCUAUGAUUACCCCAAGCCGGUGAUUCCAUUUGUGAUUACCUCAACGACGGAGGCGCCACCACCGCCGCCACCAACUUAUCUGCCACCACCUAAGCCGGUGCCUACUUACCUGCCUCCUCCACCACCAACUACCACCACUACCACUACUACCACCACCACAACCACUCCUGCUCCCACUCCUGCUCCCACUUACCUACCUCCCCCACCACCCACUACCACCACAACUACCACCACCACUCCCGCUCCCACUCCUGCCCCCACUUACCUUCCUCCACCACCACCCACUACCACCACCACCACAACGACGACACCUGCACCCACGCCGGUGCCCACCUACCUUCCACCCCCCCCACCUCAACCCGAGCCAGGUUACCACUACGAUGCGCCCGCCCAAGAGUUCAUCUUCUAAACCAAAAAAAAAAAAGCAACCACCGAACUGAACAUGGAAGAUUUCCCCGGAUUUGUUUUGUUUUAAACCGUUUUACUAGGCUUACGUUUACAUAAGGCUAAAAACUAUCUCAAUAAACGCUGUU